AUUUAGUAGAUUACUUUCGCAAGCGUCAAGUCGAAAGCUGUCAUUGUCAUUGUUUCUAGUGUGUUUAGUUGAUAAAAGUAAUUUAGUCGCUAUAAUUCCGUUGACACCACCUCGACAUGGCUGAUGACCUGCAAAACUAUAAGCUUCAGUUGCAGCAAGUGGAAGCAGCUCUUCUAACGGAUCCGGAAAACACUGAAUUGCUGAAAUUAAAGAAAGAUCUUGAAGAGGUCAUCGAAUUGACACGCGAUCUAAUAAAAACUCAACUCGAGGAGCAGAAAAAGUCUUCAUACAUCGAGCCAGCAAGCACCACAGCGUAUUACGAUGAAAUCGAAGCAGCACUGAUAGCAGCGGAAAAACUAGUGGAGCCUUCUCGCGUUUGGAAAAUCGGAGACAAGUGCCAGGCCAAGUGGACCGAGGAUGGACAGUAUUACGAUGCCACAAUCGAAGGGAUCACAGCCUCAGGGGAAGUCAGUGUUAUCUUUGAAGCCUAUCAAAACCGCUCCACAACUACGCUGAAGGAGCUCAAGGAACGCGUUGUCCGCAAUGAAGUUUUCCCAUCGAAUAAGCGACACAGACCCAACCAGAAGGAAUACUUGAAGAAGCGGAAACAGAAGAAAUUGCAGCGCUUCAAGGAGAUCGAAGAGGAACGGGAGCAGGAUAAGAAUAAAUGGUUAAAUUUCACUAUGAAGAACUCCAAAAAGGCAGGGAUGAAGGUGAAAAGUAUAUUUGCAUCGCCAGACAAUGUCAAUGGACGUGUGGGCAUUGGAACUUGCGGAGUAGCUGGAAAACCAAUGACUGAAUUCACACACGGCGAGAAGUAUCGGAAAGGCGUAUAAGGGAAUAGCGAUCUAACUGAAUAUUAGUUAAACACAAGCUGCUCCUAUUUGUAAUAAGAAAAUCAUUUCGUUUUAUGCUAAUGUAACCGAGGAUUAUCUAAAAAUGAUCAAUAAAAAAUGGAAUCCGUUUGAUUGUAAGCACA